AUGUCCCUCCCCCCUCGCAGCACUACCGUUACCCGCCUAACCAACGAGACAAAGGUGCAAGUCUCCCUCUCACUCGAUGGUGGCGUGCUCCCGGCCUACGAACCGUGCGAGCACUUCCCACGGACAAACUCAGAGGAAUCCUUCCGCAUAAUACCUCCUCCUGAAGCAGCACAUUCCACUCAAUUCACUCCCUCGCAACAGAUCACCAUAACUACCGGCAUAGGGUUUCUGGAUCACCUACUACAUGCGCUAGCGAAGCAUGCUGGAUGGAGUCUGGCAGUGCGAUGUAAAGGGGAUUUGAUCAUGGAAGAUGUCUUUCUUGCGCUCGGCACCGCCUUCACAAAAGCGCUCGGCCCCCGCGUCUCCCUUGUCCGAUUCGCCCGCGGGGAUGCCCCCCUCGACGAAGCCCUCUCGUGGGCAGUAAUCGACAUCUCCUCCCGUCCAUACAGUGUGAUAAACCUAGGCCUGAAGCGCGAGAAGGUCGGCGCAUUGAGUACGGAGAUGAUUUCGCAUGGACUUGCGAGCUUCGCGCAGGCGGCGGGCGUCACAUUACAUGUUGGAUGUGUUUAUGGGGAUAAUGAUCAUCAUCGGGCAGAGAGCGCUUUUAAGGCUGUUGCGGUAGCGACGAGACUGGCUUGUCGGAGAAGAGGGGAUGGAGAGGUUGGAGGCGGUGGGGAGCUCUCAGCGUCAGAGAUAGAAGCCAAGUUACAAGAAUGCCCUUUUGUCCAAGAACUGAACGCGCACAAACUUGCAACAAGCCCCGAAUCCACAGGCUUCACCUCUCAACUCUUCGCGGUGCUUUUCCCUGGCAGUCCAGCGGUAAAUGCUGUACUAGCAACAUUCUACAUAUCAGGACCACCCAAUUUCCUCCUGGCAUUAUGUCCUCCAAACAUCGAUCCUUCCUCGUUAUCGAUAAUGGUUGCGUUUGCGGUUGGUGGACUUCUCGGCGAUACUCUCUUUCAUCUUCUACCCGAGAUAUUCCUAGGUGAAGAUUCCCCCGAACAUGCCCGCUUUGUUCUCGUCGAACCAAAUAGAAACAUUCUCCUUGGUCUUGCUAUCCUCGUAGGAUUCUUGACAUUCGUGGCCAUGGACAAGGGGCUCCGUAUCGCUACCGGGGGAGAGGAUCGACAUGAUCAUAGCCACAGCCAUAGUCAUGCAGUGGAAGAUAAUAUGGCAAUAUCCUCCAGCUCCGCAACCUCCAAUAGGGAGAACAAAGGCGAGCUGAAGAAGCGCAAACCAAACGUCAAACCUGAGACAAACGGUCUGUCGGAGACCGACGGGAGGGAAAUAAACCCGAGCACAAAGCUAGGUGGAUAUCUCAACCUAAUCGCGGACUUCACUCAUAAUAUUACCGACGGGCUCGCCAUGUCCUCAUCUUUCUACGCCUCCCCAACCAUCGGCGCAACAACGACUGUUGCAGUUUUCUUUCAUGAAAUCCCCCAUGAGGUCGGUGACUUUGCACUACUGAUCCAAUCUGGCUUUUCCAAGCGGAAGGCAAUGGGUGCCCAAUUCCUCACUGCCAUUGGAGCGUUCCUAGGAACCUUCAUUGGAAUCGCGGUUCAAGAGUUUGGCAACAACAGCGAAGUAGGAGACUUCUCGGAUUCUGGGGUGAGGGCGUUGCAAACAGGCCUUCUUGGCACGAGUUUGACAAUGAAAGAUAUGCUUCUUCCAUUCACUGCGGGAACAUUUUUGUAUGUGGGCACUGUUGCAGUUAUUCCUGAGCUAUUGGAGACGGGCAGGGAUAAAGGGCAUGAGUUGAGCAAGGCAGUUAAACAAUUUAUUGCAAUGGCAGCUGGGGCGGGAAUUAUGCUUUGCAUAUCGUGGGCUUGA